GCACGGCCUCGGGGCGCGGAGACCCAGAGCGAGCGACUUUGUCCCAGAGCCGGAGCCGAGCUUGAGCCGCAGCUCAGCCCCAGCCGCUACCCCAGCCCGAGCGGAGCGCAGCCCCCAGCCACCGUCCGUACUUCUCUCGGCCCUGCCACCGCCCCCGAGGCCCCUGCGCCCAAUGAGACUGGCCGCGAUGAUCAAGAAGAUGCGCCCGAGCGACUCGGAGCUCAGUAUCCCGGCCAAGAACUGCUACCGCAUGGUCAUCCUCGGCUCGUCCAAGGUGGGCAAGACGGCCAUCGUGUCGCGCUUCCUCACGGGCCGCUUCGAGGACACCUACACGCCCACCAUCGAGGACUUCCACCGCAAGUUCUACUCCAUCCGCGGCGAGGUCUACCAGCUCGACAUCCUCGACACGUCCGGCAACCAUCCGUUCCCGGCCAUGCGGCGCCUCUCCAUCCUCACUGGAGACGUUUUCAUCCUGGUGUUCAGCCUGGACAACCGCGACUCUUUCGAGGAGGUGCAGAGGCUCAAGCAGCAGAUCCUUGACACCAAGUCCUGCCUCAAGAACAAAACCAAGGAGGACGUGGACGUGCCGCUGGUCAUCUGCGGCAACAAGGGUGACCGGGACUUCUACCGCGAGGUGGAGCCGCGCGAGAUCGAGCAGCUGGUGGGCGACGACCGCCAGCGCUGCGCCUACUUCGAGAUCUCGGCCAAGAAGAACAGCAGCCUGGACCAGAUGUUCCGGGCGCUCUUUGCCAUGGCCAAGCUGCCCAGCGAGAUGAGCCCGGACCUGCACCGCAAGGUGUCGGUGCAGUACUGCGACGUGCUGCACACGAAGGCGCUGAGGAACAAGAAGCUGUUGCGAGCCGGCGGCGGCGGGGACCCCGGCGACGCCUUUGGCAUCGUGGCGCCCUUCGCCCGCCGGCCCAGCGUGCACAGCGACCUCCUGUACAUUCGUGAGAAGGCCACCGGCGGCAGCCAGGCCAAGGACAAGGAGCGCUGCGUCAUUAGCUAGGAGCCUCCCCCCCCCCCCCCGCCCCCAGACGCCCGCGGCGGUGACUGAACCUGAGUACUUUUUUGUUUCCAAGUCUCAUCGGGGCCCUGUGCGCGCGGACUAGCGUCUUUCCUCCCCGCGGGCCUGGCCCGCGCACACUGGGGAGGCGCUAAUGAAGAAGAGACAGUCAUCUGUUCUGGAAAGAAAGAGGACAGGCCGGGACCGGGACUCCCCUCUCACCCCCAUCCCCACUGGAGCCUGCCACCCCCACGACCAGGGGUCGGGGGUGGGCACCGGCCGGCAGAGGGUAAAUCUGUCUUGUUUCUGACAAAGACAUGAACGGGGAAGUGAGUUAAUCAGCCUCUGUUGGGCUUUGAGACACCUGUCCUGCCCCCUGGAGGGUCAAGACAGGCCACAUGGGGCAUUAUCUUAUCUGUGAUUCUGGGUUGCCAUGACAGUACUGAAAGCCUCUGUCCUCCGGAAAGUAAGGGGGUGCAGGGGGUGCGGGUCAGAUCCUAGCCCAGUGACUUGUUUACAUGAGGGUGUGAAAUUGCACAAAGGAAAAAACACACACCUUGCACUUUAAUAGUUCUGAUGUGGUCAUGGACUCGAACAAAAUCUUACCCAGCUGUUUGUACUGUUGUGUGUGUCUUUAAAGUUAUUGUUCUUGUUUUUAUAAUAUAAAAUAAAAGUUUAAAACAAA